AACGUAUUUGUACCGCUAGCUAUAGAGGAAUUUAAUAAGGAUUUUAGUAAUUAUGAAGUUAUCUCCUUCUUAGACCUAUUUUCUAGGUACGACCAAGUCAGCCUUAACGAAAGGAGCCGGGAUCUUACUACCUUUCAAACGCCCAUUAGCCUCUUCUGGAUAUAUACCCUCCCUAUAGGCGGAACGAACUCUAUUGCCUAG